AUGGCGUUGGAGAAUGGUUGUAUUUUUGCGUUUUCAAUACUAUCCAUUUCAUUCCCAUUUGUGAAAGGUAAGGGAAUGGAACCAGUUGAUAGGAUUGACCAAAUUCGACAGUUGAUAGAGAAACUGGGCAGCGCAGAUGAUGACCAAAGUACGUGGCACGCCAGCAUACAACAGAGAGUUGUCGGAGCGAAAUUUUCUGUACCAGACUCCACAUGGAGCGUCGAUAGCAACGAUGUACUGAACAUAUCAUACUUUAAGAAUGCUGAAAACGACACCAAACAAACAAAGAAUGUGCUGACGACACAAAACACGACCCGACAUACAUCCGUGACACAUGCUGGUUUAUUUCAGGUGAAACCUCUUAUCGACAGUCAAGAUCCUAAUUUAUGGCUUGGUGUUGGCCUGGGAGCUCUCGCGAGUCUAUCAGUACUAUUGCUGGGUUUGCUGGUUUGGAACUUAGCUAAGCGAUACAGCAGACGGAAGCGGUGCAUAGAUCUGACCGAGCUGAGUUUCUGUUCCCUGAAGGAGAAAACCUACCCGGCCCCAGUGUACGUAAGAUUGUCCCAGCUCCACAACCCACGAAAACGUAACAAAGGCUCGCAUUAUGUGGUCAGUGUAUUAGACGAAUCCAACAACUUUUCCAUCGACAGUGAAAGUGAAAGUAGUAGUUCAGAGGAAGAGAUCUUCAAUGUGUCUGGUUAUAAAUCAUCCGACAACUCAUUUUCACAAUAUAACAGUGGUGCCCGUGUAAAUCUGACUUCGACGCCGAUAAAAGGAUCACCUUCCUGUAUUGUUCAAAACCCGCCAAUCACACCGCCAAGAUCACAGUCUAACUGUAGAAAACCUCUCCCCAUCUCUCCUUUAGCACGAAGGAUGCCUUACAACACUCCUCCUGAAGCAGGAGGAACCCCAGACAAUAAAAACAUGAAAUAA